AGACGGAAAUAGAGUAUGAGUUCGAGAGAACCAAAGAGAUUAAUGCGUUCAACAUCGACUUCGAACUAUGUCUAAGGUCAUCGACGGUAUCUCUUCGCGUCUAGCUUCUUCAGGUAACUAGGUUCGAUCUCGCAGGAAGCGACGCUCCCACAUACACGAACACAAACAAACAUCGAACGUAUACCUACGUUACAUACUAAUACUUCGGUAUAAACCACAUGAAGAAUCCUUUAUGGCCGAACAUUCGUCGAGUAGGGGUAAAGUGAGAGUUGGUAUAAAAGGGGAUUUCUUUCCUCUCCCUGGAUAGCACUCGAUUGUGUUCGGCUGCAAGUAUCUUCGUUCAUUUAAACGAUAUUCUUUGUGAAGCGCCAGUAUUCUUAUCCUUAAGUGUUCUUUUUCCAAACAUCGAUUCGGCGCAAUGAAACGCGUGAUACUAGCCGUGAUCUUGGGUUUAGCAGUAGCCCAAGAUCCAAAUUAUCGCAGUAAUUACCAGGACGAUGAUCGACAGAACGCUGCUACCGAUGGAAGACGAGGUACAACGACAACGCCUAUUCCUAUUUUACAUUGGAACAAACAACAAGAACACGAUGGAACCUACAAGACAAGUUACGAAACCGGGAAUAAUAUCAUUGCCGAAGAGAGCGGUUACAUCAAAACGGUUGGCGAAGGUGCGGAACAAGGUGAGGCAUUGGUACAACAGGGGAGUUAUUCCUACAUGAGUCCGGAGGGACAGUUGAUCACCAUUCAUUAUACCGCGGACGAGACGGGCUUUCACGCGUCCGGUGAUCAUAUUCCCACGCCACCACCAGUCAGUGAAGAGAUUCAGAAAGGCCUCGACCUCAUCUUUGCAGGCAUUCGACAACAGGAGGAAGCCGAAGCGCGAGAGGCCGCCUCGAAGAACCAACAACAACCACUGAGCCAACAAAUCGAUAGGAGGGACGAUUACGAUAAAAAGUUCCGACAAUAAGGAUCAAAUCUUCUCCUCCAACGCUCUGUAACCAGUUUCUUUUUCAUUCGUACUCACCCAAUCCAGACACACCGUUUCGUUUCUAGCGUGUUAUAUAGCAUGGCAUUUUUGCUAAGGCGUAGCGAUUAAGUCGUUAGAUCACCUAUUAAAACCCGUCCCUCUCAUCUCUAUCGAUAAUACACUCGAUUAUUACGUAUGUUUGUAGUAAGAAACGAAGCAUUGUUCCUUCGCUUUCGCUCGUUCCUAGCGUCACGCUUGAGAAAUGCAACGACGUUCUCCAAUUCCUAUUUUUAUGUUCUCAUUUCUUUUCAUUCAUUAUUUUAUCUAUAGAGAUUGAAGUGAUUUGCAUUAAAAAAAAAAAAGGAAAAAAAAAAGAGAGAAAAACAAAAAGAAGUUAUUCAAAACUGGUUACGUCAUUCCGUUCUAUGGAAGUAAAGGUAAGUGUUAAGGUCAAUGGACGAUGAACGUGAAACAGAAACACGUUGUUCCGUUGAAUGACUAUGAAUUAAAGGUAUAUAGUUCAUUACGGAAUAAAGCAUCUUUAUUAUUAGCUUUAAGCAUAUACUUCUCUCUUUGUCUCGUGAAUAAUAAUAAGAGAGAAAAAUAAAGAGAGAAAGAAAGAGAGAGAGAGAGAGAGAGAGAGAGAGAGAGAGAGAGAAAUAACAAAAAGAAUACUUUUUCGUCGAUAGUAUUUUACGAGGUAGUGCGUUAACGUCGUCGAAGCUAUUAUUAAUAUUAUUAUUAAUAACUGAUAUAAGUUAAGUAAAUUAAUUUAUUAAGAACCUAGAGAACUUAAUUACGACGUGUCAACUAUCGUUAUUUCCACUUGGGAGAUCUUUCGUAUUCGCGAAGUCAAAAAUGAAUCUAAAUAUGGUCUAAUACUUGAAGAAAAAAUAAAAAAAAAAAAAAAAAAAAA